GGGAUGCCGGACUUUUUUGGUGACGAAAGUCCGCCCGCCCCUUCCCGAGCCCGGUUCUCUCAGCUUGUCCUUCCCCCUUCCCCCUACCUAGCUAGCUAGCUACCCAACCAGGCUGGAGUCCCCCGGCCGCACAGCACGCAACACACUGACAGCUGCGACUGACUCACAACCGAGGUGGGAAAGAUGGAGCACAGAGAUUCCGGCUUCAGCAUAUUGUUGGCGACCGAUUCAUAUAAGGUAACACAUUACAAACAGUACCCCCCCAACACAAGUAAAGUGUAUUCGUACUUUGAGUGCCGUGAGAAGCGGACCGAUCCUACCAAAAGCAGAAAAGUCAAAUAUGACAAAACCGUCUUCUAUGGCCUACAGUACAUCCUCAACAAAUACCUAAAAGGAAAGGUAGUGACCCCAGAGAAGAUCCAGGAGGCAAAGGAGGUAUACAGGGAACACUUCCAGGAUGAUGUUUUCAAUGAGAAGGGGUGGACUUACAUUUUGGAGAAAUACGAUGGACACCUGCCCAUUGAAAUCAAGGCCGUGCCAGAGGGGAGUGUCAUUCCUCGAGGCAACGUUCUGUUCACAGUGGAGAGCACAGACCCUGAGUGCUACUGGCUCACCAACUGGGUGGAGACCAUUCUGGUUCAGAUCUGGUACCCCAUUACUGUGGCGACCAACUCCAGGGAGCAGAAGAAGAUCCUCGCCAAGUACCUCCUGGAGACUUCCGGGAACUUGGAGGGACUAGCCUAUAAACUACAUGACUUUGGCUACCGGGGCGUCUCCUCACAAGAGACUGCGGGCAUUGGGGCCUCCGCCCAUCUGGUUAACUUCAAGGGCACAGACACAGUCGCCGGCAUCGGAGUCAUUAAGAAGUACUACGGCACCAAGGACCCUGUGCCAGGCUUCUCAGUGCCUGCUGCAGAGCACAGCACCAUCACAGCGUGGGGGAAGGACCAUGAAAAAGAUGCCUUCGAGCACAUCAUCAAGCAGUUUCCCAACGUGCCCGUAUCAAUCGUCAGCGACAGCUACGACAUCUACAACGCAUGUGAGAAGAUCUGGGGAGAAGACCUCCGGUCGCUGAUAGUGGCCCGCAGUGCAGAUGCCCCGUUGGUUAUCCGACCAGACUCAGGAAACCCGCUCGAUACAGUUUUGAAGGUUUUGGAGAUCCUGGGUAAAAAGUUUCCGCCAGUGGAGAACUCCAAAGGUUAUAAGGUUCUACCUCCUUAUAUCAGAGUCAUACAAGGAGACGGAGUUGAUAUCAACACACUGCAAGAGAUAGUGGAGGGUAUGAAGCAACACAGGUGGUCCAUCGAGAACAUUGCCUUCGGGUCCGGCGGGGCUCUGCUGCAGAAACUGACCCGAGAUCUGCUCAACUGCUCUUUCAAAUGCAGCUAUGUGGUCACUAACGGACUAGGGGUGAACGUGUUCAAGGACCCAGUGGCGGACCCCAACAAGAGGUCCAAGAAGGGUCGCCUGUCUCUGCACCGGACACAGAGUGGCGACUUUGUCACCCUGGAGGAGGGCAAGGGCGACCUAGAGCAGUAUGGCGUGGACCUGCUGCACACAGUCUUUCUGAACGGAAAGAUUGUGAAGACGUACACAUUUGACGAAGUCAGAGACAAUGCUCAGCUCAAAGAGAGCGAGCUUAAUGUGCUGCUGGACUGAGCGCUGCACUACUAAAUCCUCACCCUCCACCCUAACCCCAAAACAAACCCCCUCCCCUCAACCCUUCCUCCUUUUGGGCACCGACGCAACCCCAGAAAAAGGAGGCGGUGUACACUGCUAAUAGAUCCCUCUCCCAAAGCGUGACAACUCCCCAAAACGUUCCUAAACACACGAGACUCCCUUAAAAUUCACAGAUGUUCACCCACAGUUCCAAAACGCUGUUGUUGGUUCUCCAACAGAGUUGGGGGGGGGGGAUUUGGAAAUUCGCACAAAUACCCCAUAAAUGUAAGGGGGGGGGGAGAAAGAUGAGAAAAUGUGUGUGAGGUACAGUAAGCAACUAAUGACAGACAUGGCGAGGGAUAGCAGUGAUAGAAUAUGAUGACAGACCGUGCGUUCACUCCCAUGUGCCACUGCCCCAAAUUGAACUUCGGUAUAUUGCACUGAUAGAUAGGCUAGACAUAUUGCAACCUAAGAAUGUGACUGGCUUCUGAUAGACAAUGUGUCUGUGGACUUUUCAAUGCUGAUACAAAAGCAAGUGAGAUGAUUGUGAAUGAGCUCCUGGCGACUGCAUGUGGAGUGGACCCAUGGUGCGUCAAAGUGAGAAAGAUGACAGAGAGAGAAAUAUGAAGCCACACCAAUGGCCGUGCUCUGUGAAUUGUGUACAGAACUGUUAAGAAAAAAAAAUACAUGUCUGAAUCUACUUAUGCUUUGUCUUUCAUGUGAAGAAAGAAAAGGAUGACCAUGGUUUACAAUGGUGCACCGAUAACAUUGACAGAAAGCCGCUAAAAUGUUGCUUCUAUUUGGAAACAAGGUUAUAAACACACUGUCAUUAUGGGUGAUAAAGGAAUUCAUUUUUUCCCAGUUUUCUUAUUUUUCUGUUAGUAGUUUUGGCCCAAAUUAUAAAAGGCCAACAUCUAUCAAGUACUACCUGAAUAUUGUGUACUUUUACUUUGCCAAAUAACAUGUUAUGGGUGCAUCUCUGAAGGUAUAUAAAUGAUUAUCUACUUGCCAUUAUGUCGGCCCCAGAGCGUUCACAUCAUGAAGGUUCAAUUACAAAUGCUGUUCAAGGAGGGAGGAUAAAACCACUCUCAAAGAGAUGUUUUCAAUAUUGUUUUUAAAUGUCUAAACCAUGGAUUAUAGUCCUCCAGCGUUUGUGAAAAUAGCAAAUAAGGAAAUUAUGAAAGCUAACUUUCCAUUGAUGAUUCCAGUGUUGUCAAAGCCACAAAACUCAAUCAACAAGAUUAGUUUUGAGUUAAAAGUUUCAGAUUGGGUCUUCACAAUGAUGAAUACUCUGGAAACCAGUCUUCGCUGAAUAAGACCAAGAUUUGAUGUAAAUAUGAAAAAAAGAAAUGAUGUUCACUGGAAUCAAGAAAAUCUAUGUUUAAUGAAAGAGUAUGUUUCUCCUGGGCUGAAAUGUAUGUUAAGGUUUCGUCGUGUGUGUGUGCGGUGUGUGUGUGUGUGUGUGUGUGUGUGUGUGUGGAUUUACUUCCUUUAACGGAUUCCUUUAUGCAAAUGUACACUUUCUUUGAUCGGGGGAAUAGAGAACACUCUUCCUUUUACUUUGCCGGCCUUAUAUUCUGAAGGGAGAUGAUAAAGUAGUGAAUGUGUUUUUUUUUUAUUUUGGGUAAUGUAAAAGCAACCAAAAGGCAGAAAAGUGAGACGCAGGAUCAGGAAAAACUUUCUGAAAGAAAUGUACCCGCUACGCGCUGGCAGUUGCUAAAUCGUUGCCCUUGGUAUCACUGCCUUAACACGAGAAAAGCAGGGAUACUUCAACAGCUGUGUUUCUGCAAAAAUUGUAUUUGUGACCAGUGAUGUUUGGAUUAAUUGCCAAGAAAUGGGAUCUUGCUGAUGAUUCCUGUUGAAGUUCAUUAUCUUUCCAUUCAGAGCUUCCCAGUGGAGUGCCACUCCUGUUUGCAGGUGUGUUUAGUCCCGUUGCUGAGUUUGCCAUUUCAGAGUGAAGAGAUUAUUCUUUAGCAGAGCUUGGAGGGAUUAAAGAGGAGUUGGUGACUUCACAGUAAACUAAAUAUUUGGCAGAAUUCUUCUGGCUGUGUAGUGUUCCUACCACAUAUUUAAUUCUAAUGUUUCUAAUACUUGGGUUUAUGACUAAAUGCAUACAAAAUUACUGACAUUUCCAUCCGCUUCAAUUGUAUUUUGUGUGUUUAGUGCUAAUUAGCUAAUGUUGACAUGCUAACACGCUAAAUUUAGAUGGUGAACAUGGUAAAUACCAUACCUGCUAAACAUCCACAUGUUAGCAUUGCCAUUGUGAGCAUGUUAGCAUGCUGACAUUAGCAUUUAGCUCAAAGUAUCUCACAACCCGCUUGCAUAGCUGUACACGGUCUUACUAACACUGUUAAAAUCUCCAGGUAAUCGUUUAUCCAUUAUUCUUUGCCUGCACACUCUUUAGACUUUGUUAUCCAAUACUGGAGUAACAACACAACAACAGUUCUUUUCCAGUUAUGGGGGUGCAUUUUAGUAAAACUCUGAUUUUACUAUUUUGAUACUGUCUCAGUUCUUACCUCAGAAAACAUAUUAUUUUGUAUGACAAAGGAGAGAAAACAUGCGAGAAAUAUUGCAGUAAAUAUCCUUAUUUACAAACGAUGCGGCCAUACUGCCUUCUCAUUUGUACAUACAACAACUAGUUUGAUAAAAAGCAGAGAGGCAGGUUAGGGAGACAACCACACUAGAUAGAGUGAGUGUGUGUGUGCGUGUGUGCGUGUGUGUGUAGUCCUGUGUUUAUGCAUGAUGUGUUACGGAUGAAAAAACGUUUGUGAAUACUUUUUUUCUUUAUGUUGUUGUUGUUGUUUUACUUGUAUGUAUAUGUUGGUUUUCCCAAAUUCUCUCCCAACACAACUGAUAUUUUAACUAACAUAACUUGCGUUAUUGUCAACAAUACAUUGAUUAAAGAUGCCACCCUGUCA